UUUUAAUUAUCACUUUUAUCUCUAACCUAAAGAAGCAAAAUAGUUUACUAUCAAUUAUUAGUCAUUCAAGGAAAUGAUUUUGUGGGUUUGGUAUUAGCGUUUUUCGUUGAUGUAUGAUGAGAAAGAGUGUUUCAUAAAGAGAGAAAAAUGGAGAGGGUUUUGAAUGAUUUAAAAAAAUCCAAAAUGGCAAAAUAGGCAGCUACUUGUUCCUCAUACGUCCCAUCUUUUCCUUUUGAGGGACCCUCUCUUCUCCCUCUCUCUUUCUCUUUUGUCUUUGAUGUUUCCUCCCUUUUCCUUAGCAAUCACAAGCUUCCAAAGCUUCCACCCAACCUCACUAAAACCAUACCCAACAAACAAAUGAAUCCUCUCCCUUGAUAUCUCCUUCCUUACCCAAACCCACCCUUCCUCUCUUCUUCUGAAGAUAUACAUAUAAACCUUCAAAUCCUUCUUUGUUUUCCCAUUUCAUUUUUUAGCUUUAAUUAUGAUGCUGGAUCUUAACUUGAGUACUAUUUUGGGUGGCGAUGAUGAUUCAGCGGUGAUGGCCGGAGAGAAUAAUCCUUUUGACAUUUCUGGUUAUAAUAAUACUAACCAAAUGGUAAGUUCUGGGAGCUACGAUUCUUCCAUCGUCAACGCCGACACCACAACCACCACCGGUGACGAUGACUCUUGUUCCAACAUCGCUGCCACCGACACUUUUGCUUACUCCUUCGGCAUCCUCAAAACUGCCCAAGAAGAACCAGAAAACAACAGGACAACCAUCCCGCUUUUCCCGGCCAGCGUCGAGGGAAAUGGCGGGAAGUCAACAGGAUCGUCGCAGAAGAAAUGGCUGGAUCUCGGCGGGUCCCAGGAAGCUUCCGAGCACUACCAUGGUGGUGGAGGAGCCGCGGAGCAGAGGAUUGUGACCCAGCAACAGUAUCAACAGCAGGCUCAGUUAAGGCAGCAAGUGAAGAAGAGUCGACGUGGCCCCCGUUCCAGAAGUUCUCAAUAUCGUGGCGUCACGUUUUAUCGUAGAACCGGACGAUGGGAGUCUCAUAUUUGGGAUUGUCGGAAACAAGUUUACUUGGGGGGGUUUGACACAGCACAUGCUGCAGCAAGGGCAUAUGAUCGAGCGGCAAUCAAGUUCCGAGGAGUUGAUGCUGAUAUUAAUUUUAAUGUUAGUGAUUAUGACGAUGAUAUUAAGCAGAUGAGUAAUUUUACAAAGGAAGAAUUUGUGCAUAUCCUGCGUAGGCAGAGCACCGGUUUUUCAAGAGGGAGUUCCAAAUACAGGGGAGUUACAUUGCACAAAUGUGGCCGAUGGGAAGCUCGAAUGGGGCAAUUUCUUGGCAAGAAGUAUAUAUAUCUUGGACUAUUCGAUAGCGAGAUAGAAGCAGCAAGGGCUUAUGAUAAGGCUGCUAUAAAAUGUAAUGGAAGAGAAGCGGUCACUAACUUUGAGCCAAGCACAUAUGAGGAGGAAUCUGAAAAAGGAGACCAGAAUCAAGGUCUUGACCUGAACUUGGGCAUUGCGCCUCCUUGUACAUCUGAUCCCCAAAAGGAGAGCGACAAUUCAAGUAACUGGGAUGGCCUGCCCGUUGAGAGGGGAGCAAGGAUCGAGAACUCUGUUUUGACAACAAUGAGCCUUCAACCUAGUCUAGGCCAGGCAAUGGCAUUCAAGCACAUUCCAAACUGGAAUGGUGCAAAUUCCACUUUCUUUCCAGUUUAUAGGGAAAGAGUGAUAGAGAAGAGGAUAGAAGUAGGUUCUCCACCAAGCUUGGCAUGGCAAAUCCAAGGCCCUUAUAGUGGGACCAAUCCAGUGCCACUCUUCCCUACUGCAGCAUCAUCAGGAUUCUCAUCUUCAAUAAUUACUUCCUCAUCAGCUGCUACUGGCCAACUUCACAAUCCUAACACAACAUUCCUCCAUCACCAUUAUCCUCCGGUGAUCACAAACCCUAACAUCUCCCAUUUCUACUGCAGAAGCUGAAAGGUAGAAUAUGCCACCAUUUAUCAUAUCUCUCUACUAAAUGGAGAGAGUAUGGGUAGGCAAUCGAUGAAACAAAAUUUGAGGGCGUAGCAAAUGUAUUAUAAUGUGAAAGGCGGUAUACACAGAAUGAUCAAAUUGAUCAUGUUUGUUUCUUGUAAAGCUCAUCAAACUAGCAAAUGUAUUAUGGUUUGGUGGUCAUGUGCAAAAUUUGGUCAAUUUGAGCCAUAAAUUCGAAUGUGACUGCUGUUAAUGGUGCCAUUCCAAACCUCUGUUUGAUCUAUCUGUAACCAGCAAAUAUGUUUAGCCUUUUGAGACGUAACACUCGGCAGAGAGGGAAAGCAAAAUGUUAGGUUAGGUCCCUUUUAUGGGUUCUCGUUUUCAGCCUAACUAAAGCACUAGACAGUGGUCUUCAACCAAAGGAGUUAAUGAAGGAAUUUCAGAGAGUAAAAAAAAAAGUUAUCAUCUUCGUAGAGCUUAUGAACUGCUAUAAAAAAGUUUUACCUGAUGUGAAAGUCAUCUUCCCUAUUUGCAAUUUACUAUUCUACCCCACCCUUCAUAUUCAUUUAAGACGAAGGGUCCGCACUGCCAUCGGUAAAAAGGAGACAAAGAAAAAUCUCUGAUUGAAAAUAUUUACUGGUACUUCAUUUUGUGUUUUGUUGAAAGAAUAAAAACUGAAGUAGCAAUCUAUAGUCACGUGUAAAAUUGGGGGUACUUCAUAUAUUGGCCUUUGAAAUACUUGUUUGGAUUAACAGUUUAAAAAAAAAAAAAAGGGAAAGAAAGUAAUAAAGUCCGCAUUCCUCGGCUUUGGUCAGGGA